AUGACGGCGAGCUCGGUUGACACUGCAGGUUCAGCGGACGAUCAGCCUCUGUCCUCGCCGCUGUCGCCGUCGACGUCGAUGAGCUCUCCCGGCGAAGAAGCGGGCAGGCUGACGGACAUGGCCUCGAACCAGCUGGACGACGUCUUCGGCUCGUCUCCGCCACGGGCAGCAGCAGGAACGACGGCAGCAUCAGCUACAGAGGACGAUGGAGACAUGCUUGGUGGUGGUAGAAGGGCUGGUGAGGAGACAGUGCCGUCUCUCGCUGAGCCAUCGGAUCUACCCUCGCUGCGUCGACAGCAUGUCACAGCCGGGUACCGCGACGGGGUGGCGGCAGCCAAGGGCGAGCAUGUCCAGCGGGGGUUCGACAAAGGCUAUCCCGUUGGAGCAGAGCUGGGAAUCCGAGCGGGCGUUGUGCUGGGUGUGCUAGAAGGCCUGGUGAAGGCGCUAGAAGCAAAGGAUAAGGAGGGCGUCCCAAAGGACAGCCGGGCCAGGGUGACGGCGCUCUUCGAAACGGCAAAGAAGGAGCUGGUCCUGGAAAGGGUCUUUAGUCUGGAGCAGCAAGGGACGACGGUAAAGGAAGCGGAAAGGGGUGAGGAUGAGGGUGAAGACCACGGUGAUCCCUAUAGCCGACUGGGAACGAGCUGGGGACACGGCCGUUACACGGUGGGAAGAUAG